AACCAGGUUCUCUUUUGAAAACAAUAAUAUUCAUUUGGUGAAGCUCGUUAGCACCUCUGGUAACAAAAUCAUCUGGGUCGGAGGACACAAGAUCCUCUAUUCCAUCAGCCCAACACAAGCCUCCAAACCCCAUCAGGUGAAUGUGCCUCUUUGUCAGGAUGAAAGCCAAGAUUCAGACAACUCUCUCUGUUCACACCGGAUCUCUCUGCUCAGAGAAGGCGUUGAUGGAAAUCUCCUGUUCAUCUGUAGAUCGAAUGAUGGAAAUGCAGAGUGCUGUAACUUGAACUCCAGUUAUUCUCUGAUCAAUUGCUUCACGUCAGAAAAUUACGAGCCAGAUAUUAAUGAGCCGUCAUUACUUGUUGAUAAUAUGCUGUACUUCACCAAGUCUGAGAAGGGAUUGUACAGGAUAAACAAGAACGACACAAUUGACAACAUUUGGCCUCAGACGAUUCAAGCGGAGCAAACAUACCUGAAGCUGAUCGCUGGUAAAGGACAACACAAAGACAAAGUUUAUUCCUUCUUCACAGAGAAGCACAAAAGUAAAGACGGUGAGCAGUGGAUUGCACGAGUCUCUCAGAGCUGCAUGAACGACAGAGGCGGAUCUAAGAGUCAGCUUCAGAGCAGCUGGACGUCCAUGAUUUACACCCGUCUGUUCUGUGGCAGAGGAUAUGAAUUCACUCAGAUGAUAGAUGUGGCCACACUAGACUCAGACAACGACAGCAAAAUUUAUGCGCUCUUCAGAAACUAUUGGAACAUGAGCGCUGUGUGCGUUUAUAACAUGACUGAAAUCAGCAGAAUCUUCAGUUCCUCUGAAUUCAACUCCGCCAAGGUUCCUGCGAAUCACCGGCCUGGAACGUGUGCUAGUGACAGUACUCGUCUAAGCAGUGAAGUGCUGGGAUUUAUGAAGGAUCGUCCAGAGAUGAAGGAUUGGGUGAUGCCAGAGAACGGCCCCCUGUUGUUCAAACACCGCCAUUACACUCAUAUACAGGUGGACCGGGUUCGAGGCCACACCGUCCUGCUUCUGUCUCUAGAAAGCGGAGGGGUUCAUAAAGUGCUGGAAGAGCCUGUUUUUGUGAUUGCGGAGUAUCUGCCAUUUCCACGAGGGACGCACAUCACCAGCAUGCUGCUGGACGCUUCGGAGAGGCAUCUAUAUGUGAGUUCCAGUAAUGAGGUCGCUCAGAUUGACCUACAGAGAUGUCAUGUGUAUGGAGAUGAGUGCAACGAAUGCAGAUUAUCUCGAGACCCCUACUGCGUUUGGGAUGGCUUGCACUGCACCUCUAGAGCAAAAAGCCCAUUUCAGGAUUUCACAAACUGCAAUAAGCCUGAAGCUGCACCAUCAAAGACUGAAAACAGACUGAAGACGCCAGAGACCCGUGUCCCUCCAUCCUCUAAACACUUCUUGCUCUGCCCAAUGACGUCACACCACGCCACAUACCACUGGUACCGCGGUAAAACACGCGAGGAGUGCGUUCACUCCGAGCUGGGCUGUUUGUACCUCAUUUACAGCAUGAAUAAGACUCACGAAGGGGAGUACAGUUGUGAGUCUUCAGAGGACGGCUAUACUAGGACAGUCAGGCAAUACAAGCUCAGCAUGAGCCACUCAGAAGCGCUCCGUCUCACUCCUGCGCUCUUACUGAUGCUCACAGCCUCUCAUGUGCUUUUGAACAUAUUACACUGAAGUUCCCAGGUUAAAAAUAAAAG